AUAAAAUACAAGAAACUGGAAAUAAUCCAAGUAUUUGCAGUUCGAUUAAACAUAGUUUCGGACCAGUAAUUCUUUUAAACUUCCUGAUAUAACAUACAUUUUAAAGUUGAACCUAUUUAGCAUAUCUACCAUCCGUAUCAAAAACAAUCGUGUGUUCGUCUUGGCUGAAGUUUAAUGGACUUUAAAAAGUAUUAAAAUGAUUCUGAUCACUUCAACAGUAGUCUUGUUGGUUGGUAUCAUCUCUAACGCCCUCGGGUAUGAAAUAUAUCAGCGGGAAAUUCCAAACGGCGAAAUGGUACCCCAUCCAUGCAAAGAAAAUUUUCUUUGGAGAGGCGUUGGUCAUUUCAACGAGAUGGGUGGUGGUCCAAGAAAUCCUUUUGGUCUGGACUUCAAGGCAAAUAAUUUUCGGUGGGACUCUGUCUUGUGUCAGAAAGAUUCGGAUGGAGAUGGCAAAACAAAUGGCGAAGAACUUGGUGAUCCGGAAUGCGUCUGGACAAAAGGGAAGCAACCAACUAGAAAAACUAGACUAACACACCCUGGUAUUUGUGAUCCAAUGAAUACCCCAUUAUGUAAUGGAAAAACAGACUUUGUUCAAUGCGAACAUAAAGAAUUUGAUUGCCCGGCAAUAAAGGAGGAAGGCACGUUCAACUUCACGGUUCGAUUACCCGAAACUGCUGUUCCAGCCAAAGAAACAACUUACAUGUGUUAUACGUUUGAAGUACCGAGUAAUGAAAGUCACGUGGUAGCAUAUGAACCAAUCAUUGACAACGACUACGUGAUGCACCAUAUGGUUGUAUUCAAAUGCAAAGACGAUACACUAAUUGAUAACACUCCAUACGCUUGUGGAAUGUCGCCUGGUCGUGGCUGCUCGGAUAUAGUAGCGAUAUGGUCGCUUGGGAUGGUUGGACAGUGUCUCCAUAAAGACAGCGGAGUUCUCAUCGGAGGGUUGAAAGGAUUCAAGAAGGCUGCAAUACAGUUUCACUGGAAUAAUCCUGAGAAAAGAGCAGAUGAGAGUGACUCUUCGGGAUUUACAUUCUACAUUACUCCAAAACUACGCCCGUACAACUCUGGUAUUUUGACGAUUGGACAAACAUUCUUGGAGAUCCCACCCAGACAAGAAAAGUACACAACUAUAGGCAUGUGCCCAUCGGAAUGUACCCCGACCAUUUUCGCUGACAGUAUAACUGUUACGUCUGUUUACAACCAUAUGCAUUAUUUGGGUCGAGCACAAAUGACAGAACUAAGACGGGACGGUGUGGUAACUGACCUGGGCAACGACACACAGUACAGUUACGAUUAUCCAGUCCUGCACGAAUUUGAAAAAGGGGUAGAUGUAUAUCCUGGCGAUGAACUCAGGACGACGUGUGUCUUUAAGUCAACGUCAAGGGAAGCAACAACGUAUUACGGUGAUGAAACUAAUGAUGAAAUGUGUUAUUCAUUUCUAAGUUAUUUCCCUGCCGAAAAUGUCAGAACAAGCUGUUCUUCAUGGAAAAAUAUCAGUGUCUGCGACUUUGAGGACGGAACAAUUCAAGGCUGUGAUCUGAGUUCCUUGCGACUGGACAAUCCAGAGACGAUGCAGAUAAUAUCCACUGUUACCAAAAAGUGCAUGCCUGGUCUCUGUAAAGCUGAAUGCUUGAUGUAUGUUCGUGAUGUUAAGAAAAUGCCAUGCUUCAAGGGGGAUGUAGAUAUAUACACGAGGCGAGAUGUGUUGACGGGAGAUCCGGAAGAGGCUACAUUUAAGUACAUGAGUAGCUUCUAUGCAGCAUUUGACUCAUGCGACAGAGAAAUAAUGAAAGAACAGAUUGAGGAGGCUGCUGAGAAGUGUAGUGCUGAUAAGGCUUUAGCGAGAGAAAACUGUUGUGCAGAAAAUAUGUGCGAGGUUAAUUCUGCUACAAUAUUUGUAUUUGAUUCCUACAUACUCAUGGGUGUCAUAUUGAUUUUUUUCUUUUGACUCCCAGUUUCCAAUAAAGUUUGUUUUUUAAAACGCAUCAAACUUUCUGACAAAGCAAUCAUGAAAUAUAACGGAAUCAUUAGCCAAUCAUAUUCAAAAGAUUAAAACCAAUUUUGCUUUACGCUGAAUGUAUUGUUUUGUUUAAAUUGAAAUGACUGGAUACACAAUGUUUUCAUAACAUGCAUGAAAUGCUAAUGUAUUUUUAAGACGAAAGGUUGUAGAAUCUGUAUGCCACCUUGUUAUGUACUUAACAUACAUACAUAAUAAACGCAUCCAUACACAA